CCCCCGUCAUAAACUUAGUGCAGCUCUUCCACUUCUCAUUCAACAAGUCCCUUACCCAGACCGCCGGCGGUGAGAUCGUCAGAGAAAUUAGGGACGCGGCAGUGUGAUUAGGAACUCAGGAUGGAGCCGGUGAGCAGCGUCAUGGGCACCAUCAUCAAGCUCCUGCAGGAGAUCGCCAAGGCGGAGAGGUCGGCUCGCCGGAACCGGACUCGGUGCCGGGAACUCGCCCGGCGCGCGGAGGCGGUCGGCAACGUCCUGCGCGCCUCCAAGGCGGGCGCCAGGGCCGACGCGGCGCCCACGAGGAUGAGCAUACUGAGCAGGCUCAAGGAGGCCCUCGACGACGCGCUCAAGCUCGUCGAGUCCAGCAGCCGGAGCGGCGGCCUGGUCUCCAGGCUCCUCACCAGCGGCGCCAGGGCCGCCAGGUUCGACGACGUGGACAAGAGGAUCACCACCUGCCUCGUCGACCUCGCCGCCGCCAACGGCGUCAGCAUCGAGAGCAAGAUCGACCAGCUCGCUGCUCGUGAUCGUCACCCCCGCACGAACAAACCACAGAAGCAGGUCAACGCUGGGAACGCGCCGCCCAAAGGCGGCUCCAGGAAUGACAAGAAUGGUGGACAGGGCAAGGGCGGGCAGAACGGGGGAAAGGGCAGCAAACGGAGGAGAGGGAAGAAGGCGGCCAGGGCGCACCGCCAGUCUCCCACGCCGGCGUUCUACCCCAACAGCCAUGGCUACGCCUUCGCUGUCCAUCACCAGUCCAUUGAGGAGGAUCCCACCUCCUGCCCCGUGAUGUGAUCGACGCGCUCGUGCAGGGAGAAAUCCAUGCCAUGGCAUGCUUGCACCAAGCUCCGGCCGCUGCACAGCUCCUGCUCUUCGGUCCCAAGUCAUGGUGGCGCGACGAGCUGGCGAGCACCGAUGGGGGCUAGUACCACGGCGAGCAGACAUGGGUUGGAGGCACGGCGAUCUUGUCAGGAUCCUGCAUGAUUAUAACCCGGGUCGAACAGAGCAUCAACGUCCUGCAUAUUUUGGGUAUCCGGAAGUUCAAGGACCAGUUCACGCGGGAAGGUGUGAAACUAGGAAUGGAUUUGGAUAUCUUAUCAUGCAUCCUGCAUUGUUGGAUCAUGUAUUUUGGGUUGGAUAUCGUCGUGUCGACUUCGUUUCUGGACCAAAUUCAGAUUGGAUACAUAUCCACCUAUUCAGUCAUGAUUCAUCGCACUAGUUAGCAGUGGCACUGUGAUCGAGCAUGCAGGGUUUGGUUCGGUACAAUCAUUUAUUAUACAGUAAUGUUGCUAAUAUGUUCUGUCUUUGUAAUCAAGUCUGGUUUGUCGAAUUUGCUUCAUUUUGUAUUUCUGGAUGCUCUGUCAGACUAUAGGAUAAAUUAUAAUAAUAAAGUAGGACUCCCGGUGGAUGACUAGAUAUUCCAAGCA